CUUUUAUUUGCUUCAACUCAGGGAAAUUCUGGACCUUGUGGUGUGGUUGGACCAAGAGGCAUAGCUGGGAUGGAGGGUUUCUCAGGAGAGGAUGGGAGGAAAGGAGACCAAGGAAAGCAAGGUUCUGCUGGUGGAGCAGGUCCUGUGGGUGCCAAAGGGGUUCAAGGACCCAGGGGUCCCGAUGGUUUAGAAGGCCCCAAAGGAGAUGUGGGUGAGAAAGGAGAGGAUGGCCAGCAGGGCGAAUGUGGACCACCAGGUCAAACUGGAUUAUCUGGGCUCCCUGGCAUAGUUGUAAGUGGAUGGUGUUGCCUGUUGUGUCAUCUAUUCAUUCGGUGAAAGGAAGGAGGGAAUGGGGGCAGAAAGUA